UUGAGACGUGAAUAGUUUCCCGGAGACCUGAAUUACUCCCUUAAAAAAUAUCGAUUGGCUUGCAUUGCUUCAGUGCAACGUAAUUCGUUGAAUAACCCCUGCAUUUUAUACAUGUCUUACCUAGAUAUCCUGUUAAACCACCACUACAAGAAUCAUUCGUGUUAAACAUGUUUCAAUUCUACAUUUCCGGAUACUUCUGAUCCAGAGAUGCAUUGAGGAUGGUGAUGAUGAUGAUGGUAAUACACACAUCAAGUGACCUUUCGGACGAAGUGCCUCGCAAAAGAUUAUCAUUUAGAUCCAAGCGCUAUAGAGUUGUUGAUACAUCAUGACAACUCUUCAGUAUGGUGAAUACAUACAGCGCGUUAAUGAAGCCAAAAUCGUGGUCGAAGAAAUGCACAGUGAUAAGACAGACUGGAAAGUGAGCAAAACAACGAAACACGUCACAGUCUCAUCGAAAAAGUCUAAAGUAUUCCAUGGUUAUAUGCAUCGUAUCGAAUGCGUUGUGGACGUCUCGUUGGAGAAAGCCUUCGAGUAUUUCUUGCCGAACCCGUUAGGAUUACGACUAGAUUGGGACAAAACGCUGCAACUCCAUGAAUGCAUAACACACAUCGAAGAGGAGUCCUACCUAUACCAUGCUAUCACUCACAGUCAACUGAUGGGCCUCAUUGCUGCACGUGAGUUUGUCUACAUCUUACGUACGAUACGAAGACCUGAAGAAGGUUGUAUCUUAUCAGUGUGUCAGAGUAUUGAUCAUCCUAGCUACCCGGUCCAGAAAUCCCCUGUCAGGGGUAUCAACUAUCCAUGUGGAACCUUCUUUGAAGUACAAGCAGAUAAAAAAGUUCGACUAACCAAUUACUAUCACGUGGACCUCGGAGGUAAACUCCCCCAGUCCGUGAUCGAUAGUUCGAUACCGUCCAUAAUGGCAUCGGUAAUGGAACUCUACUACAAGCAUUUGCAGACUAUCAAAAAGUGACACCAUUCCAGCAAUUUUAGUGUUACGUUAUGCUAUAGUCACACAAAUGAAAGCGAUUUCAGAGCAACCGAUAAUAUGACUUGAUGGCUUUGGAUGGUCCGGGUACGGUGACACAAAAGAUCCUUUUUGCUCAGUAGAAGGACAAGAAACCAAUCAGAAUUGUUCUUUCAAUUUAGCGAUUAAUCGCUAACCUUUGUGUGAAGGGGCCCUGGAAUAGUUUUCAUAGGAGUGACUAUCGCAUAACUGGAUGACCAUAAUUAUUCUAAGACCAUGGGUUAAGGGCCUGGUCCCACUGGCAGAUGGAUACAAAACGUACUCAUAACGGAUACAGCGGACCAGCAAACUUUCGGGGUGGCUCUAUCCGGAUCCAGAAAAUGGACAAAAGGGGCGAACAAUGAAAUCACAGUGGACGGAUGCUCGAUGAUGUAGAGCGUAUGACGUAUGCAAAGAGUACACAACGGACACAUAACGUUUUCCAACGAAUGGCAAGACUCUUUUCCGUUUUACAUCCCUUUUAGCAUCCGUAAGUGAAGUGGGACCAAGCCUUUACGUGUGUUCACAUUACUGUAAUAGACUUAUAUAGGCAUAUUUGAUUAUUAGGCCUGCUAGUCCUUUUAUGUAACCUGUCCUUAAUACUCAUGAUACCUUAUACCUCAAAGUUGAUUUUCGCCAAUGAACAUUAUGAUUUAGAUAAUCAAUAGCAUAAUAAUUACAGGAUUUAAAAAGCAAGUUUCAUAAUGAUUAUAAUUACCAAAUGUGACCUGGGGGGUGUUUCACAAAGAUUUAAGUAUGACUUAGAGUCGCACUUAA